UAUUGCCCAGGCUGGAGUGCUGUGGCUAUUCACAGGUACGAUCCUACCACACUGUAGCCUCAAACUCAGGGCUCAAGCCAUUGUGCUCCUCAGCCUUCUGAGUAGCUGGGACUAUAGGAGCGAGCCACCUGGCACUAUUUGUCAGGGUUUUUUAAACAUUUGACUCCGUCCGUUUUGAUUCUGACAAAUUUCACAUCCUCUGGAAGCUCACAGCCUAAGCCCCACAUUUUCAAACACAAUGGAAGUGUGGCAACGCCACCUCCCUUCCUGGUCCUCUGUUCCCUGUGACCACAAGGUCUCAGUCACGUACCACCUUCCUGAGAAGCUCCGAGAAGGAAUCAGCCAAGAGACUUGAGCAUCUAGGACUCCACGACCAAGAAAGCUGCCAGAGCGGUAACAUCCAAGCUCCAAGCAUCCAUGGCUCCUUCUAGGGCUGGUCGGUGCUGUCCGGGGCUCUCUCUGUCCACCUGGCUGACAAAAAGCCUUAGGACUUUACACAGUUCCCCUAAUUUCUGUCCAGAGGUGACGGACCCAGCUUCGGGCUGCGGGGAGGCGGGGUGAGGGGCAAGGGGUUGAGGUCGCCAGGCUUUUUGGAAAAGCACACCCAACCAUAGGGGCUGAGGACCGAUGUGGGAACAGGUUGCUGACAUCCGCGCUCCAAAGGGACGUCCCUGGAGGAGGAGGCUGGGCUGCACCCCGCCAGGUGUGGAGAUUCUGGAGGUGCUUCUGCCUCGAAGUCCCCCGACAUGGGCGCCCCCAGAUUCCCCUGUGCUCCUAAGGGCCCCAGAGUUGCCCCUUCCGGAAUACCCAUUCCCCCAGUAGCCUCAGCGGAGCAGCGGCCGCAGAGCCCAGGCGUAGGGGAGGUGGCGCGCCGCGCACGCGCACCAAAAAGCUCAGCGACGGCCCCGCCCCUCGCCUGCACGGUCUCUCACCUUCCGCCCUCUGGGGGCGGGGCUAGCGAGGCUUCCGCCGGAAGUUCGGAACCUAUUCCCGGGAGCAGGGACUGGGCGGCUGCUACCGUAUCGUCCCGCUGCGACUGGCUGACUACGCGUGUUGUCUCCCGCGUCUGUAUUUCGCUUUUCACACCUAAUUGUUACAGGGUCCUGAGACCCCCCCACCCCCUCUUCCACAUCCCAUUUCCAGUUGCAAUUACUGCAGAAUCUGAACCCAGAAGAGGCCCCCGUUUGCCACCCCCAUUUGCCACCCCCGUCCGCCCUGCCCGGCCUGAGUGACGUUCUCGCCCAGCUUUGCGGCCUCGCUUUUCCCACUCUCCCGCCCGUCCCCUGGGUCUUCCACCGCCCGGAUCAUGGCCCAGAAGCCGAAGGUAGACCCCCACGUCGGGCGCCUGGGAUACCUGCAGGCGCUGGUCACGGAAUUCCAGGAGACAGUGAGCCAAGACGCCAAGGAGCAAGUCCUUGCCAACCUCGCCAACUUCGCCUAUGACCCCGGCAAUUACCAGUAUCUGCGACAGCUGCAAGUCCUGGAUUUAUUUCUCGAUUCACUGUCGGAGGAGAAUGAGACCCUGGUGGAGUUUGCUAUUGGAGGCCUCUGCAACCUGUGCCCAGACAGGGCCAACAAGGAGCACAUCCUACAGGCAGGAGGCAUCCCGCUCAUCACCAACUGCCUGUCCAGUCCUAACGAGGAGACAGUAUUGUCCGCUGUCACCACGCUCAUAUACUUGAGCUCACCAGGCCCAGGAUCCCACCCUGAGCUGACCGCCCUGCCCGUGGUCCAGUGCAUGCUGCGCUUCUCUCUCUCGGCCAACAGGAGGCUCCGGAACCUGGCUCAGAUCUUCCUAGACGACCUCUGUUCCCCAAGCCAGGUGGCUGAAGCCCGCAGCAGGCAGGCUCACUCUGCCCUGGGUAUUCCUCUGCCGAGGACUGCAGCCCCAGAACAGUGCUGACCCAAGGAGACCCCAAGGCCGGAGAGCUCAGUCCUGGUGGGGGCGCAGGAAGCAGGUGGAGCAGUUUCCCAGAGCACAUUCUGCCCCAGUGGUGCCUUUUCAGCCAUUUUAAAAGCGAGUUUUUACAGCACGACAGGUAUUUACACUGUGAUAAAAAGGCAUUAGGAGUGAGGAAGCCACACUUUGAGACACUGAGACACAUGAAGAAGGAGGUCAAAGCGGUGCCAUCUUUAUAGGCUGGCACUCUCAACCAACUGGGGGUGAGGGCCCUGCCUCCGGUGCCACCCCACUGCCAGGCUCGUGCCUUCGGGAAAGAAGCAGCUGGUCCCUGGGUCCAGAGGCUUUGCAGAAGGGUGUUCUCAGGAGGAGCAGCUGGGACUGAGGCUUAGGAGAGUUGCCUGCGCCUGAGCAAAUAAGGGAUUACCGCUUCAAGAAACGUCUGGAGUAAUUUUGAGGGAUACAAGGGGGAAGCCUCGUGGUGAAAGCAUCUCGUGGUGAAGGGAUCUCGGCCCUGGGAGGUGUCACGCCCUCCCUUAAGCUCUCCAGGCUGAGCAGCAGGUUCCCAGCGGAUGCCGACCUGGACAACGCCGCGGCCAGGAUUAACUGUCCGCACAUCAGGAUAAAGGCAGGAGCCUUUGGAGCUGCAUCUUCUCCCUCUGCUGUCACAGUCAGCAAGGGGGAGUCCCCACCCCUAGAAGUGUACCUCAGGUUUGUUAGGGAAUCGGGGAUGCAGGUGAAAACGUGAUGGAGACAGAGGAAGAGAUGCGACAUAAAGUGUGUGUUUGCGCUGGUCAACAGAGGAAGGAGCCUGGGAAAAGUGGAGGCGUCCUGGCCUCCCUUCUGCACUUCCAUAAGGUUGACCCCUUAGAUGGCCAGGGAAAGGCAGGUGCUAGAGGAACGGUAUCCAAGUGCGUCUGGAAUGGGGCGGAUUCUCAGGCCACCACUGGCCUAGGGAGAAAGAAGGGAUGGCCUCCUCAUCAGCCCCUGUGCCUUUACUUUCCCAAAUAAAAGAUCUUUAAAGACCA